AUGUCUUGGUUCGGCGGCGGCGGCUCCAACGCCAACACCACCUCCACCUCCAACCCUUUCGCAGGCACCGGGUCAUCACGAUGGAUCAACAUGGACACGGACCGGAUCAAGAACUUUGGUGGCGAGCUCACCGGCGAAUCGGAUGCCUUCUCCAAGACCUUUGGCAUCGAGCUGACACGCCAGCAACGGAUGAUCGGUUUUGCAGCAUGCAUGUUCGGUGGCUUUGUCAUCUCGCUCCUCGGCACGGUGCUGCUCGUCACUGGCUCGUUGGCCGUCUUUGUCAUCCUCUACUCGGUCGGCGUGCUGGUCUCGUUGACAGGGACAGGGUUUUUGAUUGGUUUUAUGAAGCAGUUCAAACAGAUGUUCAAGCCCGUAAGGAUCGCGUUUACGUUGGUGAUGAUCGUAGCGUUUGUCAUGGUGUGGGUGUCCGUGUUUGCCAUUGGAAGCACCGUACUCGCCAUCAUCUUUGUCAUUGUCCUAUACGUCGCCUUCCUGCUCUACUCGCUGAGCUACAUCCCAUGGUGCAUCGACUUUAUCAAGCGCAUGUUCAGCAAGCUCUUCUGA